GCGGCGAGCCCUGCGCGGGCAGGUGCGGCGGCGGGCGAGGCCGCUGCCCUGCGACGGGUCGGCGCACGGAGGCUUCUUCAAUGGAAGUAUGCUACCAGCUGCCGGUGCUGCCGCUGGACAGGCCGGUGCCUCAGCACGUCCUCAGCCGCAGAGGGGCCAUCAGUUUCAGCUCCAGCUCCGCGCUCUUCGGCUGCCCCAACCCCCGGCAGCUCUCGCAGAGACGUGGAGCAAUUUCGUAUGACAGCUCUGAUCAGACUGCGUUGUACAUUCGUAUGCUAGGAGAUGUGCGAGUAAGAAGUCGGGCAGGAUUUGAAACAGAGAGAAGAGGUUCUCAUCCAUACAUUGAUUUCCGUAUUUUUCACUCAAAUUCUGAAAUCGAGGUGUCUGUGUCUGCGAGAAAUGUGAGAAGGUUGCUUAGUUUCCAGCGAUACCUGAGAUCUUCCCGUUUUUUCCGUGGUAUCACUGUUCCAAAUUCUUCAAACAUUUUAGAUGAUGAUUAUAAUGGACAAGCAAAGUGUAUGCUGGAGAAGGUUGGAAAUUGGAAUUUUGAUAUUUUUCUUUUUGAUAGACUGACAAAUGGAAACAGUCUAGUCAGCUUAACCUUUCAUCUGUUUAAUCUUCAUGGACUAAUUGAACACUUCCAGUUAGAUACGAUGAAACUUCGUAGAUUUUUGGUUAUGGUUCAAGAAGAUUAUCACAGUCAAAACCCUUAUCAUAAUGCAGUCCAUGCUGCUGAUGUGACUCAGGCCAUGCACUGUUACUUAAAAGAGCCCAAGCUUUCCAAAUCUUUAACUCCAUGGGAUGUUCUGCUCAGUUUAAUAGCAGCUGCCACACAUGAUUUGGAUCACCCAGGUGUUAACCAACCUUUCCUAAUUAAAACAAACCAUUACUUAGCAACUUUAUAUAAGAAUACCUCAGUAUUAGAGAACCAUCACUGGAGAUCAGCAGUGGGGUUGCUGAGAGAGUCUGGUUUAUUUGCACAUAUGUCAUUAGAAAACAGGCAGCUGAUGGAAAGCCAGAUAGGUGAUCUCAUUCUUGCCACAGACAUCAGUCAGCAAAAUGAGUAUCUGUCCAUGUUUCGAUCCCAUUUGGAUAGAGGAGACCUAUGUUUAGAGAAUGCGAACCAUCGUCACUUCAUUUUACAGAUGGCUUUGAAGUGUGCUGAUAUUUGUAAUCCAUGUCGGACGUGGGAGCUGAGUAAGCAGUGGAGUGAAAAAGUAACAGAGGAGUUCUUCCAUCAAGGAGAUAUUGAAAAAAAGUAUCACUUGGGUGUGAGUCCACUUUGUGACCGACAGACAGAAACUAUUGCCAACAUCCAGAUUGGGUUUAUGACCUACUUAGUGGAACCACUGUUUGGGGAGUGGGCCCGGUUUUCAAACACCAGGCUGUCGCAGACGAUGCUUGGCCACCUGGGACUGAACAAGGCUAGCUGGAAGGGAGUGCAGAGGGAACAGUCUGGCAGUGGUGACGAUGUUGACCCCGCUUUUGAGGAAAUGGACUCAGACAUAUUACCUCAGGAACCUCGAUUGUCCUGACCUCAAUCUUCAUGACAAAACUGCCUCUUCUCUUGGUAUCUGCACAGUUGGAUUAAAGGAGAUACUUGCCAGCCCAAGGUUUUAGUAAAAUGGUAAAAUGAUGCCAGCAUUAUUUAUUUCCAAGUUUUCCUUUGACACAGACCAUUUGAACCAGAAUUUUUUUAAACUGCAAGAUCUGAACAUAGAGCAAUAUGCAUACGCCUCAGUUGGUUUUCGUUCGGAACCUUGAAUAUGCAAAGCACAGCAGUGACUGAGCCUUGGAGGAACAGUACGAAAGCUUCAUUGUGCCACACGGCUUUGUCUUUUUGGUGAAAUUUGGAAUACGGUCUUCAAAUCUAAGACUUGAGACGGAUUGUUCCACUUCCUUGGAAUUUAGCAAGACUUGCAUAAAUGUGUUCAAAGCAUACCUUCCACUCAGUCCCUGUUUUAAUACGGAAAUGUGAAGUGCCCAUCCUCUGCUGCCUCUGGCAAGACUUGAUGUUUACAAAUGUACUCUGAAACUAUUGGUUCUAGACUUAACCUUUGCGCAUGGCUGUGAAGGAACCACUAACUUGGUUUUUUUGCUUUUUUUAAAAGAAAAAGAUCAAAUCAGAGACUGCAGCUCUUGUUUCUUUGGAUGCCAGAAAAGCCUCCCAUUUGCCAUAAUUUUGUUUGUGCACUGGGAACUGAGCAUUCAUCAUAGAGCACAGCCAAGCUUUACUCCAGUGCUAUAUGGGAAUGCAAUUUUUUUUAACGGCGGAAAACACUUCUGAAUUUGGG